AUGCCGCUGAAGUUGAAAGGCGCAUCGACGCCUCCAACAGAACCAUUUUCCUGGGAUGCUCUACCUUCUCCAUCUCCUCCUCCAUCUGAAAUUUCCGCUGUAACUGAACCUACAACAGUAUGGCUUCCAGCGCGGGACAUGAAGCUGUUUGGUGCUCGACCACUAUCAUCCACGUCUGAGAUUGGUGUAAUGAGAUGCAAGGACUGUGAUAAGCCAGUGCUCAAGAGUGCUGUUUCUGAGCAUGCCGCCAAUUGCGCCCAAAUCCGGAACAUCGCCAUGAUAGCUCAAGCGAAGAAACGAAAAGCUUCUCCUUCAUCUGCUUCACUCCCCGGUGAACCCUCUUCCAAGAAGGCGAAAAAGUCAGCCCUGCCCAAGAUUACUAAAGGUCGAAUGAAAGGUCCUGUGGAUUUUGACAAGCAAUGCGGCGUCAUAAACGACAAAGGCCUACCCUGUUCCCGCUCGCUAACCUGUAAAUCUCAUGCUAUGGGUGCCAAACGAGCAGUCCAAGGCCGCAGUAGGCCUUAUGAUGAUCUUCUGUUGGAUUGGCAGCGCGAACAUAAUCCAAAUUUCGUAGAGCCUGUGAAGAGAGAGACAAAGAAGGAGAAGAAGGAGAAAAAAGACCGGGAGAAGGCAGAGAAGAAGAGGGCCAUCGAGGAAGCUGCAGUUCGACUUGGAUAUGAUCCGAGUAGUAAAGAGGGAAGAAAAGCAGGCGCUGCUGCUACUGGACAUACUAUCACUACAUCGUCCAAGCAUGGACCAUCUAAACGGCAGACAGCUGCAGCUGCCGCAUCCUCUGCCCACACACUCGAUGAUGCCGAUAAUGAAAAUUAUGAUGACCUGGAUUCCGAGGCCGAAGUGGACGAUCUCGCUGGUGCUGUGAGACAGGCUAGAACUCUCGGAGUCAUCGCACAACCGCUGGCAGUUCCUGUUGAUGCUGGGAGUUGGUUUGUGGAGAGGAGAGAGAGGUUCAGGUUGGCGUACCAUAUGAUUGGUGUCGCGCUAAACCCGACCAAG